AUGGAUGUUGGUUUUUCUCGUUCUACUGUUCAGACAGUGUCAAGAAGCCACUGCAAAAACAUCAAACAAAAAAUUUCUCAGUAGGAAGGAAGAACUAAUGACAUAUCUAGUCCAGAUAAGUGGCCCCCAGAGGACUUUGCAGUGAGAUAUAAGAACUGUCAUCAGGAGAUUUUAAAAAAUCCUGUUGCUGAGGGAAAGAGCAAACAGUUGGAUGUCAACUCUCAAAAUGUCAGUCUAGAUAUUAAUGAAGAUACCAAAAACAGUAAUCAAAGUGAGGAUGAAAGUGAGAAACGUGAAUAUGAUGGUACAUGCUUCUUUAAAAACAAAUCAGAACCCAACUGGGUAUGUUCUCAGGUCAACCAAAUCGAAAGCUGGAAAAAAGUUGUUUUGAAUCCAGAGACUGCAUUACCUCCAGGAAAUUUCUAUACCUCACAAAUACUGUGGAAGAAAAUAGAAGUACUUCCUCCAGAUAAAGUCUUAAACUUGGCUUUAGAACAUUGUGACGCUUCAGAAAAAGAACUGAAUUUCAGAGUCCUGGAUAGCUCCUAUGGAAUAACCAAGAACUUAGAAAACAUUUACUCCAAACCUGAGGGCCAAGAAUGUGGACCUUCUAUAUAUUCUUUGCCAAAGUCUCAUAGGACAUUCAGAUAUUUAUCUGAAUCGGGUGUUAUGCCAUAUAAAAAAGGAAACUGUGACAGAAAUACUGUGAAAGUGAUUCUUGUGGCAUUGGCCUCCUCUUGGGAACCUGAACCAAAAAAAUAUGGCAGAAAAAUCAGAAGAAAAUCUAAAAGGAAAUCCUUUGAGUUUGAAAAUAUUCAGCACUUUCGAAAUUGGAACACACGGGAGAUUCAUGAAGAACUUGGAAGAAAUUCUGGCUCAGCACUUUAUUACACACAGUCUGAGGACAAUAUCUAUGAAGAUAUCACAUAUCCCACUAAAGAAAACCCGUAUGAAGACAUUCCAGGGCAGACUUUGCCCAUGUGGAGAUCCCCUUCAGUAGAACCACCUCCCAAAAGUGCUUUCAGAGCACCCAAGCUUCCUCCCAAACCUCAGUUCCUUCACCGGAAGACUGUGGCACUGAAGAACUCACAUGCUUAUUUCGGGUCAAAGCCCUCAAAAGAUACCACUUUGCCCAUCACUUUAACUGAAUGGAAGCUUUUUUGAGCUGGAGAAGUUGCAAAAAAGAAAAGGAAAAAUCUUCCAAGGCUUGUACUGAAAAUAGAUGACAUAUUUGAAUCAAAGAGAGAGAAGAAGAGAGUAAAGUUACACCCUUACACUGGAAAAGAUGUACCUCCCUCAAAAGAUAAGAAUUCUGGGAACGAAAGUGAUGCCGAGUAUCUGCCAAAGAAUCGCUACAAGCACUUAGCACAACUUCAGCAGUCUUCCAAGAGGAAUCCUAACUACCAGACCUUAGAGCGGGAUCUCGUUGAAUUACAGGAGCGACAGCUGUUUGAACUUUUUGUGAUAGUGUUGCUACAGAAGAAACCAUCAGAAAUAAGCUACAUUCUCCAGGUCAUAUAGCAAUUCCCUAGCAAGGGUGAUCAUGGCUUUAAGCAAUCCAAAAACACUGAAGAGAAGCUCAAAGUGAUCCCCAAAUUUUGUUUUCCUGAUUCAGAGGACUGGGUGCCAACCUCAAAACUCAAGAGUAGAACGUUCUCCUUUGUUUUGACUGGUGAAGGGUGGUAUGGUUACUGUAAGAAGCUUUUGCCAGAAGGCAAAGGGAAGUGACUGCCUGAUGUAUACUGCAUGGUUAGUUGCCGAGGCUGCUUCAACCUGUUUUCAAAGAUUCUGGAUGAAGUGAGAAGAGAGAUGUCUCUGGUCCUGGUUUACCCAUUCAUGCAAAGCAUCAUGGAAGCCCCUUUCCCAGCUCCUGGGCACACCAUCACAGUUAAGAGCUACCUCCCUGGGGCUGGAGAUGAGUCCAUUGAACUGUGCCAACCACUGGAUUCCCAACUGGAACAUGUUGACUUUGAAUGCCUCUUUAAGUGCCUGAGUGUGUGUCAUCUCAUCCAGGUCUGUGCCUAUCUCCUUUUGGUGAAGGUGAUCUUUGUGGACAACAGCCUAAGCACCCAGUCAAAAUGCGGCCAUGCUGUGGUUGCCAUGCUAUAUCCAUUUACUGGCAGCCACACCUACUUCCCAGUCCUGCUGGCAUCAAUGAUCAACAUUGUGUGUUGCUCACCUACUCCAUUCCUUAUUGGAAUCCUGUCCUGCUCCUUAUCACAGCUCCAGGACCUACAUAUUGAAGAGGUGCUGAUAGUUGAUCUCUGUGUGGACAAGUUCUUACAGGAGGUACCUGAUGAGGAUGAAAUUUUACCACCUAAACUCCAAGCUGCUCUAAUGCAGAUUUUGGAAGAACGAAAUGAACUCUUGGUUCAGGAGCAGAACUUUUCACAAGAUGUGACAUUCAACUCUCUGGUGUCCAAAGCAUUUGUCAGAUUUUUUGUGGAGCUGGUGGGACAUUAUUCUUUAAGCAUGACUGUCACUGAGCGUGGGGAGCUUAUAUUUCAAAGGGAGCCAUUCUGUAAAUCCCACACCUCCCAAAGUGUUCACCACUUCCUAGAUUUCUUCAUGGAAACUCAGAUGUUUGCAGGAUUCAUCCAGGACCCAGAGCUUCAGAAAACUGGGGUGAAAGGUUUGUUUGAGGUCCGGGCCUUCCAGUAUUUGAAAACAAUUCCUGAGUCUGAGUCCAGUGGGAUGAACAGAAUUUUGCAGCGUCUUGGAAGUAAAAUGAAAUUUCUGCAGAAGAAAUGA